AUGGCGAACGGCAGUCAGCUUGUGAGAAGAAGCGCUUUUCAGGGAUUAGCUGGGUUGAACAGUGGCAGACUGGUUUCGACAGAGAGCGGGGCAGGCAAGAGCGGCAGCGGCGACAGCGGCAGGGCAGAAGUGCUCAAGUCGGGGGUGUUCACGUGGUCGUUCCGUGCAGUGGUGUUCUCAGGGAUUGCCGGGUGGUGCUACUUGACGUGGCUGGUGUACCGGGAGUCGAACCCGGGGAGCCAGAAGCCGCAGACGGAGUUCAAGGAGAACGGGAGCCGGAAGAAGAACAUUGUCAUCUUGGGCUCCGGCUGGGGGGCGAUCUCCUUCUUGCACAAGUUGGACACGACCAAGUACAACGUGACCAUUGUGUCGCCAAGAAACUACUUUCUCUUCACCCCGUUGCUUCCGUCCGUGCCUAGCGGCACGAUUAACAUCAAGUCGAUCUGCGACUCGGUGAGAACCAUCGCUAGACAGACGCCCGGCGAGGUCACGUACCUCGAGGCCAUUGCCACCGACCUCGAUCCGACCAACAAGACCGUCUCCAUCGAGCACAAGUCCCAGAGAUUCAACAUCGGUGACGCCUUCACCAACGACAGCGAGCCGAUCGAGACCACCUUGCACUACGACUACCUUGUCUACGCGGUUGGCGCCACCGUCAACACGUUCGGCAUCCCGGGGAUCUACGAGCACGCGUCGUUCCUCAAGGAGGCGAACGACGCCACUGCCGUGAGACAGAAGCUCUUCAACCAGAUCGAGGCCUCUCGGCUAUUGCCUAAGGACUCCGAGGACAGAAAGAGACUCUUGAGUUUUGUCGUCUGUGGUGGUGGACCGACCGGUGUCGAGUUGGCAGCAGAGAUCAAAGACUACAUCUUCCAAGACUUGUCCAAGUUCAUCCCGGGCAUCGAGAACGAGAUGAGUGUCACCUUGAUCGAGGCCCAGCACAACGUCCUCUCGAUGUUCCACCCACGGUUGAUCGAGUACACCAAGGACGUGUUCAAGCAGCAGGGUCUCAACUUGCAGACGGACACCAUGGUCAAGAAGAUUGACGACAAGAACGUCUACGCAGCUUACCGCCAUCCAAAUGGUAAGACUGAGGACGUGGUCAUCCCAUACGGUACCCUUGUCUGGGCCGGUGGUAACGCUCAGCGUGAGUUGACCAAGAAGUUGGCCUCCAAGAUUGUCGAACAACAGACAGCAAGAAGAGGCUUGUUGGUCGACGAGUACUUGAGAUUGGAUGGUGGUGACCAGAUUUACGCCCUCGGUGACUGCACUUUUACGCAGAACCCUCCAACCGCACAAGUUGCACACCAACAGGGUGUCUUCCUGGCUGAGCACUUCAACAAGCAGUCCAAAAUCGAAGACCUCAAGUACGAGAUCGAUUCGACUACAGAAGAGUCCAAGCUCAACAAACUCACCCAACGUCUCAAGCGUCUAGAGAAGAAGGACACGCCCUUCGAGUACAUUCAUCAAGGUGCACUUGCCUACAUCGGUUCCGAGCGUGCUGUUGCAGAUCUCUCUUGGGGUGAUUGGUCAACCGUCGCUUUAGGUGGUACCAUGACUUUCUUUUUCUGGCGGUCUGCCUACGUCACUAUGUUAUUGGGUAUCCGUAACAAAAUCUUUGUCGUUUCGGAUUGGUUGAAAGUUGCUAUUUUCGGUAGAGAUUGUUCCCAGGAAUGA